AUGGUAAUCAUGUAUCAUCUUGCCAGAAAAUAUUCUGCCCCGAGUCGGGGGCGCCUAUGUGUCGCUUUCAUAGACCUAAAGGCCGCCUUCGACAGUAUCCCAAGAAACUGUCUAUGGAAGAAAUUAGAGAGAUGGGGCAUAGAUAGAAGGCUGUUAUGGCUUAUAACCCAAUUACACCAUGGGUCGUCGGCUAGAGUGAGACUCACACCGGCGGGAAACCUAUCCAACGAGGUCCCAAUAAAUAGAGGUGUGCGCCAAGGCUGCAUUUUGGCCCCACUCCUCUUCAACUUGUUUAUUAGCGAUAUGAAGCUCUUUCUGAAUGAGUCUCAAGCCAACAUUCAUGCCCCCCGCCUAGCUGAUUUUCGCUGCCCUCUGCUCUUAUAUGCCGACGAUGCAGCGAUCCUUUCCUACUCUAGAGUCGGUUUAUGCAGAGCUCUAAAGAUUUUUGCGGCUUAUUGCAAACUCAACCAUCUGACAAUUAAUCAUGGGAAAUCUAAAGUCCUGGUCUUUACCAGGUCUCGGAAAACUUACAGCUGGAAGUUAGAUGGAGUCCAAUUAGAACAAGUUUUCAAAUUUAAAUACCUGGGAGUCUUUUUUCACUACAACCUAAGCUGGAAGCCACAGAUACAGUAUUUACUAAACAAAGGGAAAACAAUACUUUAUACUCUACUCCAAUUUUUUGCGGCCGACGGAGCCUCCCACAUCCCUUCUGCAUUGAAGGUGUACCAUGCAAAAGUGGUUUCCACCCUCUGUUAUGCUGCCCCGCUCUGGGCCCCAGGGUCCAAUUUAACAUCGUUGGGGACAUUGCAGAAUCAGUUUCUCCGUCGCCUCCUGAAACUCCCCAUGUGUGUGAGCAACGCAGCCAUACGUCUGGAGUUAAGGAUUGCAUCAUUGGAGACGGUCAUCUGGAAGCGAGUCUUUGGUUAUUGGCUGUCCAGCUGGCACAGGCUUCCCAACCAUUACCUUUUUCAGUGCCUCUGGCGGGACGACUUUGUCAAUCCAUGGGUAGGAAAAAUCCAUGCCAAACUUCUGAGCAUCGGAAUUUCCCCAGCGGACUCCUUAAAGAUGAACUUACGCUCAGCCAAAAGACUUAUUGAGCAGAGAUUAGCAGACAUUGAAAAUCAACACAACCUCGCCGGGGGUGAGGGUGUCUGCCCCCCAGGUAUCACGGAAUAA